AUGGACUUUACGGAUGUCACUGAGGUCUUCGUCAACGAAAACAGCGGGUGGGCGGAAGCUACCAAAGUCCUUGCUGCUUUCACCGAUGCGGCCGUGGCUGCUGGAGUGAAGGCGAAGGUUGAUCCGGUAUUCGUACCACCAAUGGAGAUGAACUUGUCGCCGGUCGUAUCCUUCUUUACACCGGAGCUGGUAGACGGCCGUAUGGUGCCUGCAGCAAUAGUCACUGGUAUCGUCAAUCUUGAUCCUCAGAAAGGCAAGAAAUAUACAGAGAUACCUGUCAGUGUUCACGCCAUCAAAACCACUCGAGGAGAAAUCAUGCCUUUGACAGCACCAUUGAUUGAGGACGAGCCAUAUACAGUGAAGUUCUGUCGCGAUGAGAGCUUCAAAAAAACCGUCAAGCACGAAGCAUCUGGACAGUCCUUUUCCAUGCCGCCAGAUAGCCCAGAUCAAGACCAAAAGAAUCCAACCGAAGGCUUGAAAGCGCGACUCGAAACCGUAAAGAACGGCAUUUUAGGCGAGCCCGGGAGGAGUGUGACGAUUGACGAGUACCGAGUCUGCUGGGACGCGGUAACCCCGAACCAAGACUUCGUCAUCACUGCUCAUCCACAUUGUGAGAAUCUUUACGUAGCCACUGCUGGCUCUUUCCAUGGGUGGAAAUUCAUGCCAACUAUUGGACGCUAUGUGGUGGAUAUGCUGGACAACGAGUUGGAGCCUACACUGGCCAAGCGUUGGGCAUGGGAUAGGAGUAACGAAGGUGCGGCUCACGGUAAUUUGCUACCUACUCUCGAGUUAAGGGAUUCGUGA